GCGCCGCGGGUUUCCUGCCCAAUUCCAAAAUGGCGACGCACCUCACCUUGCCCUCACGCCUCAGGCUGACUGCCCCUGCCCGCUUGUAAGAUGGCGGCAGCCGGAGGCUAGCACGCUUCUCGCAGCCUGACUCGCCACGUACCCACUUUCAAGAUGGCUUUUCCCGUAAAUACACAUGCCAGAGGGAGGGUCGCUCAUUGGCUUAGACGCCAUCACGUGCUCCUACCUUGUCUCACCACCUCCCCUCCUCCACUGGCCGUUUCCGUCUUCUGCCUUGACGGACAGCAGCUUCUUCCAAUAGUCGCUUGUUCUUUCUCUAGACCCCACCCACCCAGUGCUGGCAGGGGAAGACGGGGAUCAUCCCGCCCCCAAGCCGAAGCGGGAGCCAAUGGGCAGUGCGCGCGGGGGACGUGUGCGGGCGUCUCCGCCAUCUUGUGAGUCUAUAACUCGGAGCCGUUGGGUCGGUUCCUGCUAUUCCGGCGCCUCCACUCCGUCCCCCGCGGGUCUGCUCUGUGUGCCAUGGACGGCAUCGUCCCAGACAUAGCAGUUGGUACAAAGCGGGGAUCUGACGAGCUUUUCUCUACGUGUGUCACUAACGGACCCUUUAUCAUGAGCAGCAACUCUGCCUCUGCAGCCAAUGGAAAUGACAGCAAGAAGUUCAAAGGGGACAACAGGAGUGCUGGGGUCCCCUCCAGAGUGAUCCAUGUACGCAAGCUGCCUGGCGAUGUCACAGAGGGCGAGGUCAUCUCCUUAGGACUGCCCUUCGGGAAGGUCACCAAUCUGCUAAUGCUAAAGGGGAAGAACCAGGCCUUCAUUGAGAUGAACACAGAGGAGGCUGCCAACACCAUGGUCAACUACUACACCUCAGUGACGCCUGUGCUCCGUGGCCAGCCUAUUUACAUCCAGUUCUCCAACCACAAAGAGCUCAAGACUGACAGUUCCCCCAACCAGGCGCGGGCCCAGGCAGCUCUGCAGGCUGUGAAUUCGGUUCAGUCAGGAAACCUGGCCUUGGCCGCCUCUGCUGCCGCUGUGGAUGCAGGCAUGGCGAUGGCAGGGCAGAGCCCUGUCCUCAGGAUCAUUGUAGAAAAUCUUUUCUACCCUGUGACUCUGGAUGUGCUGCACCAGAUUUUCUCCAAGUUUGGCACAGUUCUGAAAAUCAUCACGUUCACCAAGAACAACCAGUUUCAGGCACUGCUGCAGUAUGCAGAUCCUGUGAGCGCCCAGCACGCCAAGCUGUCCCUAGACGGCCAGAACAUCUACAAUGCCUGUUGCACGCUACGCAUCGACUUCUCCAAGCUCACCAGCCUCAAUGUCAAGUACAACAAUGACAAGAGCCGUGAUUACACACGUCCCGACCUGCCCUCGGGUGACAGCCAGCCUUCGCUGGACCAGACUAUGGCUGCAGCCUUUGGCCUUUCCGUCCCUAAUGUGCAUGGAGCCCUGGCCCCACUGGCCAUACCAUCAGCAGCUGCUGCAGCUGCAGCAGCAGGCCGCAUUGCCAUUCCGGGCCUUGCAGGAGCUGGAAACUCUGUCCUGUUGGUCAGCAACCUGAACCCUGAGAGAGUCACACCCCAAAGCCUCUUUAUUCUUUUCGGCGUCUAUGGUGACGUGCAGCGAGUGAAGAUCUUGUUUAAUAAGAAGGAGAAUGCGCUGGUGCAGAUGGCUGAUGGGAGCCAGGCUCAGCUGGCCAUGAGCCACCUGAAUGGGCAUAAGCUGCAUGGGAAGCCUGUCCGCAUCACCUUGUCCAAGCACCAGAGUGUGCAGCUUCCACGUGAGGGCCAGGAGGACCAGGGCCUUACCAAGGAUUAUGGCAAUUCACCACUGCACCGCUUCAAGAAGCCUGGCUCCAAGAAUUUCCAGAAUAUCUUUCCGCCCUCAGCAACCCUGCACCUCUCCAAUAUCCCGCCCUCCAUAUCUGAGGAAGACCUGAAGAUCCUCUUCUCCAGCAAUGGAGGUGUCGUCAAGGGGUUCAAGUUCUUCCAGAAGGACCGCAAGAUGGCGCUGAUCCAGAUGGGUUCAGUGGAAGAGGCAGUGCAGGCCCUCAUUGACCUUCACAACCAUGACCUGGGUGAAAACCACCAUCUGCGUGUGUCUUUCUCCAAGUCCACCAUCUAGGUGCCUGGUCAGGCUCCCUGGCCACAGCUUCCACCAUUCCAGAAAACAGCCACUUUAAAAAGCAGCUGAAGUGACCUUAAACAGACCAGAGACUUUAUUUUUUUAAAGAGAAAUCAGUUUACCUGUUUUUAAAAAUUAAAUCUAGUCCACCUUGCUGACCUUGCGGUGACGGGUCUCCCGCCUGGCAAGGCCCAGGGCCGUGCCUUGUGGGGCGUGAGGCUGCAGUGGGCACCCCAGACCACAUUGGCUUCUUGUGCCUUAGAAACCUGCCUGCCUUGCGGCUGCACGAUCACUACAGGCACUUGGGAACCCCACUUGGGGUCCUGAUCCUCACGCAGGAUCAUGUGCCCCAUGCUGGGCUGGAGCCAAGGCUGACCAACCUCCUCCCUUUUAAUCAAGUGAUGUGAUUCUCCCAGAGUCCCUAGCUGCCCAUCCCACUGCCCCUCCCUGCCCAGAGGGCUCCAACCCAUUGCUGCCUCAGCUGUGGAGCCUCUCCUAACCUUUGUAUUAUACUCCAAUGCGGUCGCAGAGAUCUGUGCCUAGCAAUAUUUCCAGUUGACCAAAUAUCCUAAUCUUUUUUUCAUUUAUAUGCAAGAGACAUAGUUUUAAGUAACUUUUUAUAGCGAGAUGAUACAAUGGUAUGAGUGUAAUCUAAGCUUCCUCCUUGUGGUAUUACCUUGUAUGCUGUACUUUGUACUCUGUUUCUUAUAAGUCACAGGCAGGAUCCAGGCCUCAGGAGCAGGUGGCCGGCUCACGUAGGCGCAGGGAGCCUGGUCCUCAGCCCUGCUUCCUGCUGAGUCUCCGGUUGCCUUACCCCAGUCUCCAUUUGCAGUCUGCCUUGAAAAACAAGCUCUGAACCUUUCAGAGGUUUUUCCUUCAAAUUUUGGACCAAAGUUUUGUUUGUUUCUUGUCUGCCUCUGACACUGGGGUCCCAGGUGGCGGGACUGACAUCUUGGUCUUAAAUGCUCCGCAAUUCAACCUGUCCCCAGCAAAGAGAGAUGUCCUUGGAUCCCAAGGUUCCAUAAAGGAGUGUAGCAAGGGUGUAAAUAUUUAUAAUUUUUUUAUACCUGUUGUAAGACAUGGAGGCAGCACAUCGCGGUUUUUUAUGGUGACAGAUGUAUAUUUUGAUACCAGCAAUUACAGGCUCAGUAUUGUCCGUGGAGCCAACACUGGCCACAGCACAUUCCACUCCCAUCCCAGAUGGCUUGUAAUGCGGAAAGAGCUCAAUUAAAACUGUUUUAUAACAAACCUGUGCCUUCCCCGUAGCCCUUUCUUGCUGUUUGACACUGUAGAAGGCAUCUGCUCAUCUGUACUUGGACUUGGAAUAAACUCCUGUGUCCUGCGCCUCUGACCUCCUCCUCAUUGGGCCUGUUUUGUCUUUGCUGCUGUUUACUCUGAAUUUCACCCUUUGUCCUCUCCCCUGCUUCUCCCAGUUUCUGGGGAACGUGAGCCUGCACUGGUGGCUGCUGACCACUGGUGUCCAGUGAGUCUCACCUGAGCCUGGCAGGCAGUGGGUCUUGGGGAGGAUAUAUAUCCUCAGCCUGUCAGCUUCCCCUGAGGACAGGAGUCAUCAAGGUACCUGUAAAAUGGAAAUGAGCAAGAAUCCUGCAGCCACCUGGUGGCCUGAGCCAGACAGGCCAGUCCACCUCUGCUUUUUGCCUGCAGCUGGCCUCACCAAAAGACUAGCCUGAUGUCACCAAUCACCUUUUUUGCCUUUAUUA